AUGACUGUUGGCAAAAGCAAGGAAGAGACAAAAAAAGGUAAGGAGAAGGUGGGAUUGGCGGGUCCACCGACCUCUAAAGGAUUACUGGGCCCCGGCCCUUUUCUGUCCAACAUCACCGGGCCUAAGGCCUCUCCCGGCCCGUCAGAGGCUUCCUCUUCACAUGGCACUAGAGGGCCAGCCUCCACACCUGCUCCCCUUUCUCCAAAGACUGGGCCCGCUACCAACACCUCAAGCCAAAUCAUUCCAGCAGCGGAUAUGCCCAUCCAACUCUUGACAGGGCCCAAUGGCACUAACAUGCAGAUAAUCUCGACCCAACAGCCCGCCUUCACACCUCUAUCAGAGACAAAUUCCAAGCGGCAGGAGCUGGGAGGGAAGCAGAAGCAGAAUAAAACUUCAAAACCCAGAUCGCGCAAGAGCUCCCCGAUGAAGCAGAACCCUCUCAAGCCGCUGCGGAUUUGGUCUCCGAUGAAGGAGAAGAAGAGCAAAACGAAAUCUCGGCUGGCCACCCUUACUCUUGAAGAGAUAAAUGACUGGACCAAGGGGGGGAUGGAAGCAGUAGCGAUGGAUUUGAAGAAAGUAGAUUCGCCGGUCAGAAAUGCUCCGGUGACUACCCUUCCUGAGAAUCAAGCGGCGACUCCCUCCACCUAA